AUGUUCAGGACGCCUGUUGAGAUGGAGGAGGUGCAAGCCGCCGCCCUCAGGAUUCGUCCCUUUGUCCACGCAACGCCUGUCCUCACAUCGACCUCCCUCGACGCCAUCGCCGGCAGGCAGCUCUUCUUCAAGGCGGAGAAUCUCCAGAAGACAGGCUCCUUCAAGGCCAGAGGCGCCUGUAAUGCGGUGCUUCUUGAGAAGGAGAGGAACCCUGAGAGUGUGGGCGUCGUCACCCACAGUAGCGGUAACCACGCCCAGGCUUUGGCAUACGCGGCUAAGUGUGUGAAGUUGCCGUGCACAGUGGUGGUCCCCAGAGGUACUCCCAAAGUCAAGUGUGAGGCUAUCCGCAGGCUCGGGGCUGACCUGGUCUUCUGUCACCCCACACCGCAUUCAAGGGUUGACACGUGCGCCAGUAUAGCAGAAGAAACUGGAAAAACAAUAAUUCAUUCAUCUGACAAUUACGAUGUCAUGGCUGGACAAGGAACAAUUGCCCUGGAACUUUUAGAAGAGGUUCCAGAUCUUGAUGCAAUAGUUGUAGCUACGGGUGGUGGGGGCAUGUUGGCGGGCGUUUCGGCUGUAGCACAAAAUAUACAACCAAAAUGUCAGGUGUAUGCUGUUGAACCAGUGGGGAAAGACCUCCAGAGAUGUCUUAAGGCAAAGCAGAGGCUAUGGCCAGAGCCCUCGACCUUCCUCCACACCGUGGCAGACGCCAUCAGGCUGCGAGCGAUUGGCCACCUAGCAUUCCCCAUCAUCUGCAAGUAUGCCAGCCCCAGAGUCUUCACUGUGACUGAUCACCAAAUGAUUGAAGGCAUGAAAUUCGCUUUCGUACACAUGAAGCAAGUUGUUGAGGCAGCAGCUGGAGCCGGAGUGUACGCCGGAGUCAAGUUAAUGGGUGAAGUGGCUCCAGCAGCACACAAGGUCGGGGUCAUACUGUGUGGCGGGAACGUUGACCUGGACAACCUCCCCUGGGUGACCCCUCUCACUACUUACUAGUCCACCGCCACCUCCUGCUAGUAUAGUCCAGGACCCACCACGUCCUACUAGCCUAGGACCCACCACGUCCUACUAGCCCAGGACCCACCACGUCCUACUAGCCCAGGACCCACCACGUCCUACUAGCCCAGGACCCACCACGUCCUACUAGCCCAGGACCCACCACGUCCUACUAGCCCAGGACCCACCACGUCCUACUAGCCCAGGACCUACCACGUCCUACUAGCCCAGGACCCACCACGUCCUACUAGCCCAGGACCCACCACGUCCUACUAGCCCAGGACCCACCACGUCCUACUAGCCCAGGAUCCACCACCAACUAGCACAGGACCAACCACCUACUAGCACAGCACCCACCACACCCAACUAGCACAAGACUUACACGUCCUACUAGCCCAGGAUCCACCACCUCUUACUAGCCGAUCGGCCAAGUCUUAUUAGCCCAGUUACUACUACAACAACUACUACAACAACUACUACUACUACUACCAAGUUACUACCAUUAACCCGCGACGCCGCACACGGUACUGUACAACCCAGCCUCAUAUUUAGCUUGUGUAACUGUGUGUACCAUAGUUACAAACAUUGACGUACUAAGCAAUCAGACAGUAGAAUUUGGUGCUAUUCACUUUAAUGCGUCCGAAAAAAAUGAAGCUAAAUAGAAACUUAAAUUUUCCUAGACCUAGUAUAGCACAUAUAUGUACUAUAUUAGGUUUCAUAUAGCGUAUAUUAGGCCUAGGAAGGUUAGGUUAGAUUAAUUUGUUUUUGCAUCAUAUAUACAAAGCCUCUUCCGCUCUUUCUAAAUUCAACAGAACAGAGUUCUUUCUAAUUGCGUUGUACGUCGAUAUAUGUACUAUGGUCCUCAUCGUUACUGUAAGUACUACCAAAAUAGGAGGAUGGGUUGGCUUCUUCUAUUUAGGUAUUUUUGGUAUUUAGGUAUUUUUUUCUAGAGCAGUCAAAUCAGAGCUGUUUUUAUGAUCUUAUAGUGUCAAAUGUAUGUCUAACACGCUCAGUCUUGCAGCUAUAGCAUCUAUUAUAAUAAUUCUGGGAAUAGUGUCAUUCACCUUCAAUUACAGAUACAUCUUGCAACUUUCCUUAUCUUCUUCCUCAACAUCAGGAUGAUAAUAGAUAAAAAAAUUGUAUUAAAUAUACAGUACUAGAUUUAAAUUUUUAGGCUUACUCUUUAUUGUAUGUGUCAGCAAUAUACACAAGACUUGUGUGUGAACGUGUUGUGUAGAAUAUCUGACGGCUUUUGAAGUGUGCGCUACAAAUACAGUUUCUGACCACUAUCCUACCUUUAACAUAGCACAUAUGGACAUAACACCACCAGAUACCCAGAAACUUGCAUUCAUGUUACACAGUGAAGCAGCAAUGGUCAACCUCACAAAUGCACUUCACAAUAUAAACUGGGAAUCUGAAUUCAAUAAUACACAGGAUAUAAAUUCA